GCUUAUGGUGUCCUUUUUUUGCUAGCUAGAUGAUGAUGCUUUUGCCAUUUGUGUGAUAUUUCCUACAUGGAACCUUUGGCUGAAUAUAUAUAUGUUUUAACUAUCUACAACAUGCUAUUUCUCCUUACUUGUAUUAUAUAUGUCACUUGUAGAAGCAUGGCUGAACCAAAAAAUAAGAAGGCUAGUAGGACUUACCUUGUGUGGACUAAUGAGAUGGACACUGCAUUAUUGUCCGUUCUUGUUGACCAUCACAACAGAGGUGACCAUGCACAAAAUGGUUGGAAGCCACAUGUGUACAAUGCUUGCAUAAAGCAUGUGAAGGAGACAUGUAAUAUUGUCAUCAACAAAGACAAGAUAGUAGCAAGAAUUAAAACAUUUGACAAGCAUUAUGAAGUUAUCAACAAGAUGCUUUCCCAGAGUGGCUUUGGAUGGGAUUGGGAUAAUAACAUGGUGAGUGUUGACAGUGAUGAAGUGUGGGCUAGAUAUGUGGAGGCAAACAAGGAUGCAGCUCCAUAUAGGCACAAAGAAGUGAAGAAUUGGCAAGCUAUCUCUACUAUAUAUUCAAAAGACCAUGCCACGGGUGCAGGUGCAAGGACAGGAGGUGAGUGUGCUCAAGUUGGAUCCUCAUCCGUUCCUCAGGUGGUGGUUGAGGAUGAUGAAGAAACUCCAGAGCUGCCUAAGAAGAAGAAGCAACGCACUGCUGAUGCUAUCAUGAGCAUGGUGGGAGAGCUGAGAAUGACGUUUGAGGAGGCUUUGAACUCAACCGCCCCACUACCACCACCACCACCACCACCAGCACCAAAGGUUACUCCUUCAUCUGAAAUCUUGGUUGAACUGAAGAAAAUACCAGAUUUGGUGGGUAAUGAGCUGUUGAUAGCUUAUGGGAAGGUCACCGCCAACGAGCGCACCUUCGAAUCACUCAUGGCACUACCCAUGGAACUGAGGAAGGCAUGGCUCAUGACCUUGCCUUGAUGAUUUGUGAGACGUACUGUAUCCACUUUGUGCUAUUUGU